AGGUGUUUGCAAAUGGCGGUCAGUGGGACUUGUAAACAGAAAAGGUGCAACCUGCUGGCAGCAUGGACAAUAACCAGGUUGAUAUGUCACCAGACAGGACAACCUCUUCUCACCUUAUUCAGACUGCAAUUAACAUGACAUCAGGAGCCAUGGGUGGCGUUGCAUGUGUAUUUAGUGGACAGCCCUUUGACACUGCGAAGGUGAAAAUGCAGACCUUCCCAUCAAUGUAUCGGGGAUUUUUUGAUUGUGCAAUUCGUACAUAUAAAGUGGACGGGUUUCGUGGCUUAUAUCAUGGUACAAUCCCUGCUCUGGUGGCAAACGUGGGCGAAAACGCCGUCCUCUUUGCGUGUUAUGGCUUCUGUCAGGAUAUUGUUGCCUAUAGCAUGGGAAUUCAACAUGCCUCACAACUCAGUAAUUUUCAGAAGGCCACCGCAGGGUCCCUGGCCGCAAUAUUCUCCUCCCUGGUGCUUUGUCCCACAGAACUGGUGAAGUGCCGUAUACAGACUCAACAUGAAAUGCGCUUGUUGGGCAACAAAGACAUACCAAGGAGAAGCACACCAUGGUCCGUUGUCCACUCUAUCAUAAACACGGAGGGCGUGCCUGGCCUCUUUCGCGGUCUCAGCAGCACGUGGUUACGAGAGAUUCCAGGAUAUUUCUUCUUUUUUGGUGGUUACGAGUUGAGUAAUACUAUCCUUAACAGAAACAGCAAAGAGCCUCCGGGUGCGCUGAUGGUCACAGUAAGCGGCGGUGUAGGAGGAGCCUGUUUCUGGCUUGCCGUAUAUCCAGUAGAUUCUGUAAAAUCAAGAAUUCAAGUUCUAUCUACAGGAAAACACUCAGCGGGUUUCAUCCUGUCUUUGCUGCAUAUUUUCAGGACUGAAGGGUUUUUCACUCUAUACGCUGGGCUGAUGCCCACCGUGGUCCGAGCUUUCCCGUCCAAUGCUGCCUUGUUCCUUGCCUAUGAGAUUACGAAGAGGAACCUGACAUCUUACUCACAUAGCUGUAGCUGAGA